AUGUCGCAUUCCAAACCAGUUUCAAACAACAGCAAUAAUAAUCCUCCCCCUUUUCCAAUUGUUACGGUGUCAAAGAUUUACGGCUACCUUACCCUUGUUCAAGUUGGUACGGCAGCUGUUUUUACGACCUUCCUAGUUACUCAUUUGAGUGCAACGGCUUUAGCCACCAUCGGCGGUAUUGAACUUACUAAUAAAACGAUCGUUCUCGGUAGGGUGUAUUACCAAAAUAGUUUUCUGGAGCCUAUUGUUGUGGCUGGUUCAAUUUGGGGGCAUAUAAUCUCAGGGUUAAUCAAACGAGGUAUCAAACUAUAUUGGAAAUAUAAGAAACAAGAUGUACGUAAAUUAACUGGAGAAGUCCACGAAAAGGUUGAAAAAAUCGUAACUGAUGAGACAAAUGAACAGGGCGUGGUUAUUCGUAAGAUCACAACAAAAACUACGACGACCAUUACCGGAUCGUAUAUAUCAAGGGCUAUAGUGUUGUUACUUCCAUCUCAUCAUUUAGCUGGGUAUCUUCUAAUUCCAUUUAUUUUCAAUCAUAUUUUUAUUCAUCGUGUGCUUCCAAGACGUCACUUUGGCGAUUCCUCGAUGAUCAAUGCAUCCUAUGUUACACUCGCCCUCCAGAGAUGGCCUUUUUCAACAUAUUUAACAUUCACGAUGUUGAUUGGGUUAGGUGCUUACCAUAUUUGCAGUGGUGCGCCUGUUGUGUAUAGGAUCGUGAGGGGUUCCAUAAUAAAGGGUGGAGAUAAGCAAGCUUCAGAAGCAACAAAGAAACGACUUCGGAUCAUCAGAAAUGGUGUGAUC